GACAUCUGAAUUCCCAACGCAAGCGAGCGCAGCAAACUUGCCGCAGGCACAUUUAUCCAAUAGAGGAAACACACCUCUGUCCAAUGCAGUGGACCAAAGCUUCUCAAACGUUGUUAGUCUGUUGCCUUCACAACCUUAUACUUCAGUUUCUGCCAUGCCGGCACGCAUCCAAAGUAACAUCCCGUCUCUACCUCAGUUGGCGGUCUCGGUAAAUCCGCUAACUCAGCAUGCUGCGCCUGUGAAUAACCUGUUGAACAGAACUCCGGUACAUCAGCAUACCCAGCAAUAUGCUAUGGUUUCUGAUCCCGCUGCAGUGACCAUCCAUCAGCAGCCAGCUGCAAAUAAACCAGCCCAUGAAUUUCAGAACACCACAAAUCCUGCUCCAGCACAUUCCUUGACGCCUGAUCCAAAUGCAUCUUAUACGACACUCCCCUGGCAAUCUAGUGCUGCUAAUGUUGCCAGCACUGGACGAAGCACAACACCUGAUCCAAAUGCAUCUUAUACGACACUCCCCUGGCAGUCUAGUGCUGCUAAUGUUGCCAGCACUGGACGAAGCACAACACCUGAUCCAUGGGCUGCACGUACAACUAAUUCAUUUAAUGACGCAUCAGCGGCCUAUCUUAACCAGAGUGCAUACAACAACCAAAGCAUGCAGACUACAUACGAUGCUUAUGGUGCUACGCCAGUUCCAUCCCAGGGACUGGCUAGAAAUGGUUACGCUCAAACGUCGGAGUAUCAGGUGUCGGGUCGUAUAGCUCACCAGCGGCAUUCGCAAUCCCCUGAGCCUGGCGCUGCUAGAGUGUAUGGUGGCACACAAGGGUACAUUCCAGAGCCCUCGAAACUGGGGAAUUAUGGGCAACAAAACUAUAAUUCCGUGGCAUCAAGGGACUGGAGUUCUGGGCAACAGAGCUACACUCCUGCUGAACCAUCAAGGCAACAGAGCUACACUCCCGUGGAGCCUUCAAGGCAACAGAGCUACACCCCAGCAGAGCAGCCUUCAAGGCAGUGGAGUUCCGGACAACAGAGCUAUGCCCCAGCUGAACCAUCAAGGCAACAAAGCUACACUACUGCAGAGAGUUCAAGGCAGUGGAGCUCCGCGCAGCAGAGCUACACUACUCCAGAGACUUCAAGACAGUGGAGCUCCGCGCAGCAGAGCUACACUCCAGCUGAACCUUCAAGGCAGCAGAGCUACACUACAGCUGAACCUUCGAGGCAGUGGACCUCAGGGCAACAGGGCUACACUCCACCUGACCCUUCAAGGCAGUGGAGCUCCGGGCAGCAAAGUUUCACGCCCGUCGAUCCUAAGCGGACAUGGAGCACGGCUAACCAGGGCCAAAACCCUGACACAUCAAGGCAAUGGACCACCGGGAAGCAAGAUCGUUACAAUCCGAGCGACGGUCAAAAUGCCUAUGAUCAGCGCCGGAGAAGACGAUGGGAGUGAGCUGUACAUACAUUAGCUAAUUCUUUGUGAGCUCUCUGAUUGUGAUGUUUGAUUCGUUAAUCCUGGUCUCUCUGAUUGAUGCAGAGGCCAUCUAGAAAAAUAUACAUCAUGUAAUGUAAACAUGUAGUAGCAGCAGGUGGCGAUGGGAGGUAACUAGAAAGAAAGAAGGAAACAGGAAACUAUAGUACUUAGAUGAUGAUAGGUCUGCAUCGAUGAUAAGCCAACUUUUCUUUU